AUGAUGAAUAAUAACAAUAAGAAACCCCAGUCUUAGAAAGAUGUCAGAGCAAAAGUUGAUUCUGGUUUGAAUCGUAAAAAUGAUAUCCAACAAAAAAGGGUUCAAUCUGCAAUCUAAUAUGCUGAUAAAUAAGUUGAUUUGAAUGGAACAUUGUCGGAACAACUAAAUAAUAUAGUGUAAGAUUAUCUGGUGAGAAGCAAUUGUUUCAAAACGCUGGAGUAAUUUAAGGUAGAAUCUCAAUUUGCAACAGAACAAAGCAAUGAGACUGAAUACAUAAUCUUAAGUCACUUUGACAGAGGAGAAAGAGAUAAGUUUCUGGAAUCAUGGAGUCGAUACAUUCCAAAUCAAUAGAGGCAAUAUCAGGACUUUUGGAAGCUAGAGUUUUAUAUUCAAAUUUAUUUUCUUAUCUACCCUAUUCAUCCAGUGUUCAUGAAGAAAGGAGUGAUAGACAAGAAUUCAAUUAAUCAAUUUAAGCAAUAUCUCGAUAGCAAAGGAGGAGACUUGUCAAAGACCAAUGAAGUCUUGCCCUUUUAUGCAUUACCAUACGUCAAAAACCCUGAAUUGCAUCAAACAUUCCAACAUCUUUUUACUCACGAAUGGAUUGCUGAUUUGAGGUAAAGACUAAAGGAGUUUAUCCAAUCAAUUUUUGGCUAUGAAUAAACUGGUAGUCUAUUAAAAAGAUUAUUUUUGUCCAAAGAAGGGUCUUCUAAUGUUCAAUAACAAGAGUUACAGAAAAAGAUGACUGACAGCAUCAGACAAUUGCAAUAAGAAAAUAAUGAAUUGAAAAAAAAGAAUAAUCAAUAAGCCUAAGCAUUAUAAGACAUAAAUUAAACAGCAUAAUAAAAUCUAUUUGAGGCUUAGAGAAAAUGGUUUCAAUUUACAGGUGAUAUGUUGAAAAUGGAGAAGGAAAUGAUCAAAUAUAUUGAAACUAACAAGAAGAAUCCAGAUUAAUUAUAGCAAUUUAAAAAGAAAAUUGGGUAAUGUGAUCAAUACUUAAGUCAGAAUUUAGAUGAACUAAUGAAUAAAUCUUAGGAUAUCUCUCUAUUCGAUAAGGUCACUUAACCUGAUCAUGAUCUCUCAGACCUAACUAAUUAAUAAUAAAUGAUGCCUAUUCAAUAAUCAAUUGAAGAGUAUAUUCCCUUAAAUUAUGAAAAGGUUAUUUAAUUAUUUACCAGGAAUAGUAAUCCAGUUCUAGUUGCAACAGUUCUCUAGGCUUUACGAUGGAGAAUAACAAGAGCAAGAAGUGCUUUAGAAAGAAGAUCAGUAGUUGUUGCAUAUUAAACACAUGAUCUAAUUGGGGCUCAUUAAAGAAAUAUUGCCUUGGCUUAAUAUUUGAUUGUGAAAUCUGGAUAAAUAAUCUAAUGCUAGGCUUUGAAAUUGAUGAAUGCUUUGGCUUCUGAUUAUGAUGGAAGAACUUACUUGACUAGUAAUCCAUAGUUAAUCAAGCUUUUGAUUGAAUCAAUAAAAAAGGAUUAAACUGAUUCAAUCAAGAGGAAGAAUGCAAUUGGAACUUUAUAAAAAUUGUCACUCAGAAAGUAAAGUCAAAUUUGGAUGCUUGACAAUGACAUUAUUUAAGUUGCCUUGAACAUUCUAAAAAGAGAAAAAUUUAAUUUGAGUGAAUACACCUAUGAAUAUAUAACUGCUUUGAUAAUGAAUUUGUCAUUGAGUUCAAGGGGCAGAGAUUCCUUAUCAAUUAAUAAAGAAUUGGCAUUUGAAGUGCUAUUCGAAUUAAUUGAAUAUCCUAAUGAUCAGAUCAGAACAUUCACCAAUGGAACAUUCUAUUCAAUGUUUAGUAGAAGAGAUCUAAGAGAUUAUGCAUAUUAAUUAAAUAUACCUCAAGAGUUACCUAAGUUACUGUCAAUUAGUGAUGAUAGAUUCAAGAAACAAAUACAAUAUAUGAUAGAAUAGUUAGAAAGUAAUGAUGAUGAUUAUGAUCAAUCGUAAUUGGAAGAGGAUAAUGAUGUGGAUGAUUUAGAAGAUGAUGAAGAAUGUCCAGUUGAUGAUGACGAUGAGGAUGAUUUAUAGAACAAUGAUAUGAUUGUAGGUGAAGAAUUAUUAAGAAAUGAAUUUGCUUUGGAUAAUGAAUAAGCAGAACAGCAAAGAUAAUUGAUGGAAUCAAUUAUGCAAAAAGAAUUAUAAUAGAGAAGUAGAGUCCUAAUUGGACAAAAUGCCUGUUGGAUGUAAAUACAUAUAAUAUCAAUAGAAGGACCAUUCAUGGCUGACAGUCUACUCCCAAAUGUGAAUAUCAAAAAUAGAGUAACAAAUGGCAAUCCCAAAAACCCAUAGCAAUCAGCUUAAGCAUUUGCACCUAGACCAAAGCUUCCAAGGACUCCUCCCAUAUAAUAGAAUUAUUGA